CGAACACGCACACACACACACGCACGAGACCGCGUACUUACGGACCAACACGCACACACACACUCGUACACGUACGCACACACGGACACCUUACACGCACACGACGAGGAGACGAGUCGACAAAUUAUAAUCAACACACAAUCAACAUGGCCGCUAUGCGCCUCGCUGGAUGGACGACUGGACAAUGACCACCUCUGCCGCCACACGUUUCCCCGUCGCGUCGUCGUCGUCGUCGUCGCCGUCUCCCGUGUCCUGUUGACAGCACCGCUGCGUGUCCGUGAUCCGUCUGCCGCCGCCACUCAGCCACUGCUGCUGCUGCUGCUGCUGCUGCUGCUGCUGCUGUCUCCGCCGCCGUCACCACCACCAUCACUAUCACAAUCACCACAAUCACCACCACCACCAGAGCAGCUCCGCACCACGCUUUGGGUGUAUUAGAUGAACGACGAGCGAUGGAACUGAGGGUUGGCAAUAAAUACCGGCUGGGACGGAAGAUCGGUAGCGGUUCGUUUGGCGACAUCUACCUCGGUACAAAUAUUUCUACAGGAGAAGAAGUAGCCAUUAAAUUAGAAUGUAUAAAAACGCGACACCCCCAGUUGCACAUAGAAUCCAAAAUUUACAAAAUGCUUUCAAGAGCACCUGGUAUACCUAUAAUAAAAUGGUGCGGUUCCGAAGGAGAUUACAAUGUUAUGGUAAUGGAAUUACUAGGUCCGUCAUUAGAGGAUCUUUUCAAUUUUUGUUCCAGAAGAUUUUCAAUAAAAACUGUGCUACUAUUAGCUGACCAAUUGCUGGAUAGAAUAGAGUAUAUACAUAGUAAAAACUUCAUACACAGGGAUAUCAAGCCAGACAAUUUUCUAAUGGGUUUGGGUAAACGUGGCAAUUUGGUGUAUAUUAUAGAUUUUGGUCUUGCAAAGAAAUAUUGCGAUAGCCGAACUAAUGAACAUAUAAUGUAUCGAGAGAACAAAAAUCUCACUGGAACUGCUCGAUAUGCUUCCAUAAAUACCCAUUUAGGAAUAGAACAAAGUCGAAGAGAUGAUCUAGAGUCUCUUGGUUAUGUAUUAAUGUACUUCAAUCGUGGUUCUUUGCCAUGGCAAGGUUUAAAAGCAGUUACUAAACGACAAAAAUAUGAACGUAUCAGUGAAAAAAAAAUUGUUACUUCAUUUGAAGAUUUAUGCAAAGGAUAUCCAAAUGAAUUUUUAACAUACUUGUUAUAUUGUCGUGCUUUGAGAUUCACAGAAAAACCAGAUUUUACUUAUUUAAGGCAAUUAUUUAGGCAGUUGUUCCAUCGUCAAGGAUUUACAUACGACUAUAUUUUUGAUUGGAAUAUGUUGAAAUUUGGAGCAAAUGGUGCUCGUUAUAGUGGAUCAGACGAUCAAAAAAAUGCCUCGCAUCAAGAUAGUAGACGUGCAAUGCAAGACAGUAGCUCUCCUUCUACUAACGUCCAACCACUAAAUAGUCGCGCUCAAGCUGAUCAGAGUGGGAUAAAGAAUUUUUUAUCCAAAGUUCCUCUGGUACCAAUGGAUAAUUGUUCAGGCGGUGGUGUUAUUCAACCGUUACCAACAAGAUUGCGUUAUAGUGCUGAUCCUGGUUCAGCACGACCAGUUAGAACUCAAACUCGAAGCUCAGCAAUGGCAACAUCUGAAUCGCCGUCUGUUACUCAACCUUUGCAAACCAAGUCAGUAUCUGUGACCAGACGCAAUCGCCAUCAAACUUAAUUCUAACAAAUCCCCAAAAAUGUUUUUCUCAUAACACCAGCUAACAUGAUAUUUUUUUCUCUACUACCAUUUUCUAAAUGAAAAAUAUUAAUUUUUCAUUUUUUUUAUACAUUAAAAUAAUACAUAUUAACUGUGCCGGUAUUGAAAACGGCAUUCAUUGUUGCAUUUAUUUUCACAAUUUUGCACCCAAAAUUGGAAUUGGCAUUGAGCUGUUUAUUUUAUUUUUUGGCGUAAGUUUCUAUACUUAAGAUAUCUUAAUAAUUAUCAGAAAUGUUUAAGCAAUAGGAGAGCGUUUCUCUUGUGACUCAAUUUGAAUUAAUUUUUCUGGUGUGCUUGUGUACAUUUAGUUAUCCAUUAUCAAUGCAUGCCUCACAUUACUAAAAUAAUUGUAUUAACAAUGUUUAUGGCUAAAACUUUUCAAGUAUUCUUGUAUAAAUAAAAUAUAUUAAUAUUACUACUUUAUCUCUAAUGUAAUUUUGGUGGGAGUAUGUAGUAAUUAUAAUGUUUGAAUUAAAUCUCAGCUCUUGAAUAUUCUACUUUUCUUCUUUUUCUUUUUUUUUUUUUUCUUAAGAUUGUUGACUUGAACAUAAGGUGGUUUUGUACAUAACAUAAUUAUGUAUCAUAUAGCUAAUAACUAUUUAGAAUAUGAUACUCUUUGUAAUUUAAAGGAGUUGCAUAACUGAUUUUAACUUAAUUUAAGAAAUAUAUGUAUUAUUGAUUUUUA